AUGGCCGAACUGAAGCUGUCAAUCAAACAGGAGGAACCGUCGGAUGAGGAAGAGGAAGAGGAAGAGGAAGAGGAAGAGGAAGAGGGUGUUGACGAGGAGGAUGAGGAGACAUACGUGGUGAAAAUCAAAAUGGAGGACGAGGAUGAGGCCUACGAUGACGAACUCGCAUCAGAGGUCGAAGAAGAGGAAGACGAGGAUGAAGAGGAAGCGUUUUCUAGCGAUGGGGAGGAGGAGGAAGUGGACCAAGCCUCCAUGUCCGACACGGAUUACGGUCCCCCAACGGCUAUCGACCUGUCCUCCAAAUGGCUACAAAAUAACGACCGGGUGCUGCGGUCUGGGCCCUCGGCAGCUCCUGAGACACUAUUGCCACAGAGCUCGGCCACGACCAAGUUUGAUUUGACGGACGUCCUGCUGCCGCUGCUCUGGUGUUGGGAGUGUAGAGGAGAGUUCAGCACGUCAUGCGACACCAUGUACCACCAGAAGGCUUACCGCUGCCUCAGGUGCAUACGGAGGAAGAGGACCAUGAGGAAGAGGAGGAGGAGGACGACGACGACGAGGAGGGGAGGUAGUCAAGAUGGCGGAGAAGCUAAGGACUUCGGGGACCGUGAAGGGAAAGGCAGCAUCAGUCUAGGUGGCAGCGGUCGCAAACUUGAUGCAUCAGGGGAAGAUAUUCAAGAUGGCCGACAACUUGGCACGUCAGUGGAGGACAAUGGGAAGGGACCUUUGCAAGAUGGCCGACAAACUGAGGCGCCGCACGACAAAUGUGGUGGUGGUGGUGGUGGUGGUGCUGAAGAUGGUGUUGAAGCUACUGUGUCGCAAGACAAACGAACAUGUCAAGAUGGUGGACAAGUUGACACCUCAGUGGAAGACAGUGGGAGCCUUAAAAAUGGUGGACAAACUGAGGCGUCGCCAACAGAUCGGGGAAAGGAGGCGAGCUCGGAGCAGAGAGAGGAAGAAGAAGAUCACUCGACACAGGAGGAAGAGGAAUGUGGAGGCACCCUGUACAUUGACAGCCAGGGUCACACGUCGGCCAGGCACCGGCGGAGAGACAGCCUGGAAGAGGACGACCCUGCAGACGUCUCCAGAGACGAGGACGAGGACGAGGACAGUCAAGACGCCAAGGACGACUCUGAAGACGACGAUGAUGAUGACGAUGACUUUGAUUCUGAAGAGGCCAAGACACUGUAUAAGUCAAUGACGGACUUCAAAAUGCACGCCAUACGAAGACACGGCAUCUUCAACUUCCGCCAAGCCUGCCCCAAAUGUGGAAAGUUCGUGACCCUGGUGGAGAACCUGAGAGGAGACUGGCGCCACUUGUGUGAGAAGCCCAAAGCCAAGAAGACGAACGAGUGUCAACGCUGUGGAGCCCAGUUCCCUAUGCAGGCUAGACUGGACGAGCACAUUCAGCAACAUCACCGCGGAGACACGCCCGAGUGUCCGGAAUGUGGCCGGAAAUUUGUGUACCGGAAGAGCAUGGAGCGCCACAUCACCAUCUUCCACCGCCAUCAAAUGUGGCGCGAGGACGUCGCAGAGCUCGAGGGACAGGAGAAGGGCCGUCGGAGAAGGAGGCGGCGGAAGCCGAAAGGGCCCUCCAUGGAGCCCCCGAUGGUCUGGUGUAGCAAAUGCGACCGGGAGUUCACCAGGAACUGCUUCAAGAUGCGGCACAAGAGGAGGUAUGGCUGUAUUCGAUGUGGGACCAAACACCCUGCCUUGGGGGACACCAGCCAGCCCAACAACGGAACUGGAGAGGGGAACAACAAUAGCAGCGCUGAGCAGGAGUCAUCGAGGGACACACGUACGGACAACCAGGACCCUGAGGUGUGUUUCCAUGACCUGAAGGAGAGCUUUGACUAUCUCCAUGGUUUCCAGAAGCACGCCAAAUUGGAGCACGGGGUGCGAGACUUCCGGGAGCUGUGCCCCGACUGCGGCAAAUUCAUCACGCUCCGAAACCUGGUGAGCGGGGGUCCUCCCCAUGUCUGUGAGCAUAAGUCCCGCCCCAACACCUGCUCCGAGUGCAACAAGGGCUUCGCCAGCGAGAAGGGACUCCUGAGUCACAUGGGCCGCGUCCACUCCGACAAGAGAGUCCCCUACACGAUACGCUGCAUGUUCUGCCUGAAGCGCUUCGCCUACCGGCGGCAGAAGAUCGAACAUGAGAAGGUCCACAUUAACGAGGAGAUGAAGUUCUACUGUCGCCAUUGUCCAAUGAGAUUCUCCGACCUGACGAGCCGCAGCGCCCACCUCAAGUCCCACGGCCGCAUCUACUCCGUAUUCACCUGCAAGGUGUGUGAUCGUACCUUUAAGCAGCAGAAGAAUCUGGAGCGCCACAUGGUGGUCCACACGGGCAUCAAGCCCUACAGGUGCGACUUCUGCGACAAGACCUUCAACCAGGCCGGACACCUCAAGUCACACAUACGGGUGCACACAGGGGAAAAACCGUACCAGUGUCAGCAGUGUGGAGAAGCCUUUAACCACAACGUCAGCCUGAAGAACCACCUGCAGAAGAAACACCCACCCAUCACAGAGGAGGACGUCUGGCGGCCCGGGAGUAGUCUUUUCUCCCAUUGAAACCCAUUAUAAAACAUGGCUAUUGGACUACAAAAAAAUGGCCUCCUCAGUCAGACUAGUGUGAAGCCUUGUAUCCCAUUGAAUUGACAAUGCUGUAAAAGACUCCAAAUGGCCAACAC